AUGGUCGCCUUCGCCUCUUCCAUACUUUUCCUCGGCCUCCUGUCUCUCCUCCUCCCCGCCUCCGCCUCCACCAAACCCUACCCCCCCUCCGCCCCCACCCGCAACCCCUUCGCCGCCGACACCCCCCCUCUCUCCUUCCGCGAAGCCCCCGCCUUCCGCAAUGGCGAAACCUGCCCGGAUAACGGCGCCAACGGCAAUACCACCAUCCACAUUGCCAUGACCCUUGACGCCAACUACCUCCGCGGCACGGUUGCGGCGGUCCUCUCGAUCCUCCAGCACUCCACCUGCCCGGAGAACGUCGUCUUCCAUUUCCUGUGGGUCCGCCACGAGCCGCACGUGUUUUCGAGCAUUAAAUCCACAUUCCCUUACCUCAACUUCAAAUUCUACCAAUUCGACACCACCCGCGUCCGCGGACUCAUCUCGAAAUCGAUCCGCCAAGCCCUCGACCAGCCCCUCAACUACGCCCGGAUAUACCUCGCCGACAUCCUCCCCCAGCAAGUCAACCGCCUCAUCUACCUCGAUUCCGACCUCGUCGUCGUCGACGACGUCGCGAAGCUAUGGGAGGUUGACCUCAGGGAGAAAGUCCUCGCCGCGCCUGAAUACUGCCACGCCAACCUAACAAACUACUUCACCGACGCAUUCUGGUCGGCCCCCGAGCUGUCGAGCACGUUCGACGGGCGACAGCCGUGUUACUUCAACACGGGGGUGAUGGUCAUGGACUUGGACAGGUGGCGUAACGGGGGAUAUUCUCAGAAAGUCGAGGAUUGGAUGGUUGUGCAGAAGCAUAAGAGGAUUUAUCAAUUGGGGUCUUUGCCCCCCUUCUUGCUUGUUCUUGCCGGGAAUAUCGAGCCGGUUGACCAUAGGUGGAAUCAGCAUGGUUUGGGUGGUGAUAAUAUCGAAGGGAAAUGCAGGGGAUUGCACCCCGGUCCGAUUAGUCUUCUUCAUUGGAGUGGGAAAGGGAAGCCUUGGUUGAGGCUCGACUCGAGGAAGCCUUGUAAUGUCGACCAUCUUUGGGCGCCUUACGAUCUUUAUCGCUCGUCGAAGCAUUCUUUUGAAGAGUGA